AUGGAAACAGUUUCAGAUAUGGCUGCGGCACCGAACGCCUAUGCCCGCGCUAUGCAAACGGCCAUGUACGUGCGCCAACAGCUGCCAGAGGCUCUGCAGUAUCCCAAGGUAGCCAUUGUGUGCGGUUCUGGACUGGGUGGACUGGCCGACACAAUCGAGGCGGAACCGAAAGUCGAACUGGCUUAUGGCACCAUUCCAAACUUUCCCAAGAGUACUGUUGUGGGACAUGCUGGAAAGUUUGUGUUCGGUCAGAUUGGUCCUCAGAAGACGCCUGUAGCGCUUCUUGUUGGACGGGCCCAUUUCUAUGAAGGGCACUCGAUGGACCUUGUCACAUUCGCUACUCGAGUGUGCAAAUUGCUUGGUGUCGAGACCAUGAUCGUCACAAACGCAGCCGGUGGUCUCAACCAGACUUACCGCGUAGGAGACAUCGUAUGCUUGAACGACCAUCUCAAUAUGGCUGGGCUGGUGGGCAUCCAUCCUCUGCGUGGACCCAAUAUCGAGGAGUUUGGCACGCGGUUCCCACCUCUGUCAGAUGCGUACGACCUCGACUUGAGGGUGCGGACGCACAAGGCCUGGGCAAAACUAGGACUGGAUAAACAGGAGCGACGGCUACACGAGGGUGUAUACGCGUUUGUGGCAGGACCAACUUACGAAACUCGUGCAGAAUGCCGAAUGCUCAGCACGCUAGGAGCUGAUGUGGUGGGUAUGUCGACUGUACCGGAGAUAAUCGUUGCCAGACAUGCCGGAAUGCGUAUUCUUGCAUUCAGUCUAGUUACCAACGUGGCUGUCCUCGAGGCAGGCGCCCGCGGUAACGAUGCGGAGAUCCAGACCAUGAACAGGGCGGAACUGACUGAGCAUUUAAGCCAAGGCAAGGCAAACCACGAGGAGGUACUGGAGGCCGGGCGGGAGGCAGCCAAGGACAUGCAAGCCCUGGUCAAGCAGAUCUUGUCCGAUCUUCACGGCCAAUGA